UGCACCUCGUUUCUAAUUAUAACCCUCUAUAUAAACACAAUUUCACAUUCUUGUUUUCCAUUCAUACUCUCAACAUUCUCAAUUCAGUUCUUCAACUUAACACACAGAUACACACAGUUCCAGUCCUACUAAAAAAAUAUGAUGAAUUUUGAAGAGAAUUCCGGGUUUGAUUCAUCUGACUUCGAUCUUCUCGAAUCAAUCAGGCGUCAUCUCCUUGGCGAUUUCGAAUCCGAAGAAAAUUGUUUGGAAAAAUCUGAAAAUUUAUUUGUAUCAUCCCUAGCUGAAGCUGUUGUUGUGAAAGCCGAGCCAGAAAUUGAUGUACCGGAGAUUCGAGAAAUUAAACAAAUUAAAAAGGGCCCCACCAAAGAGGCUACGGAGAAGAGCAAGCAUUACAGAGGAGUGAGACAAAGGCCAUGGGGAAAAUUCGCGGCCGAGAUUAGAGACCCAGCCAAAAAUGGCGCUCGCGUGUGGCUCGGAACAUACGAAACGGCAGAGGAUGCUGCGUUAGCGUAUGACCAAGCAGCGUAUCGCAUGCGUGGCUCACGUGCUAUGUUGAAUUUUCCUCUUAGAGUGAAUUCCGGCGAGCCGGAGCCGAAGCGGAUAAUGUCGAAGAGGACGCUAGCGGCGCUCAACUCUUCGUCGUCGUCUUCGAGUUAUUCGGAUUGUUCUUCGUCGGUUUCGGUGCCGAAGAGGCAGAAGAAGACGGCGGCGGGAGCGGCGGCGCCGGUGGUGGUGCUGGAGAGGACGGAGAGUGUGGAGGUGGACUCGUUUCAGACUUGGUUGAUGGGGAAUGAUUUUUUUAACUGUUUGUAAAUUUUGUGUUGGUAAAAAAAAUACUUGAGGCUGGAGCUUGAUGCUAAGCCCAAGUGCAUUCUUUGAUCUCUUUAACUUAAUUCAAAGCUGUUUCGCUCGUUUA